AUGGCGAUUACCGCCCGAUUCGACCUCGAUUUAUUGCAGUUUGACGCAGUCAACGCAUUCGUCAACGCAGAUCUGGACGAAGACGUCUUCAUGCGCAUGCCACCAGGGCAUCGGCGGCACCAGACGAUCCUCAAGCUUAACAAAGCGCUCUAUGGCCUGCGCCGAUCGCCGCUUCUCUGGCAACGAACGCUCUCCAGGGCACUUGACAAUCUUGGCUUUAAGGCAGUACCCCACGAACCUUGCGCAUUUACCAGAAACGGAGUUAUCAUUUUCUUCUACGUCGACGACAUUGUCAUCGCCUUUCGCGAGUCUCAGCGCCAGGAGGCACUCAGAACGAUGAUUCAGUUACGCACACGAUACAAACUGACUGGCGGCGAGCCACUCCAGUGGUUUCUGGGCAUGGAAAUCCUGCGUGACCGCUCGAACCGCCUGCUUUGGCUCUCCCAGAAGUCAUACAUCGACAAAAUCGCCACACUCGCGCAGACGGAGACCGCCUCAGGGUCACCUAUGACCAAGGAAGAACUUCUGCCUUAUGAAGGCAUAGCGACCGCUCGGGAUGUCAUUACCUACCUUCGAAAAAUUGGCUCCCUGCUUUACGACGCCGUCAUCACGCGCCCCGACAUCGCAUUCGCAGUCUCUAGACUCGCUCGCUUUACAACCAACCCUGGACUUGCCCAUCAGAAGGCCGCCGACCGCGUACUCCUCUACCUCAAACACACAAGCACUCUCGCCCUGCAGUUUGGCGGAGCAGACGACCUCCGCAUUGCCAGCGAUGCCAGUUUUGCCGACAACUCUCUGAAUCGCAAAAGCAGCCAAGGUUACGCCAUGAAGCUUUUCGGUGGUCUCAUCGCCUGGCGGGCGAACAAGCAGGACACCGUCACCACAUCGACCACUGAGGCAGAGCUCCUUGCUCUCUCACAGGCAGCCAAGGAAGGCCUUUUUGUCUCACGCCUACUCAAGGAGUUGGGCGUAACACUGGACUUACAGCGCCUAGUCAUUGAAGUUGACAACACUCAGACAAUCCGGCUAGUUACAGAGGAGAUCGCGAAACUCAAGACGAACCUCAGGCAUGUGGACAUCCACAACCACUGGCUACGGCAGGAAUACGCAGCUGGAAAGAUCGACGUCAUGUACACCAAGAGUGCAGAGAUGAUGGCAGAUGGCCUGACGAAGGCGCUUGUUCAGGAGCAGUUUGUUAGUUUCAGGGAGCAGAUGGGACUGGUUGAUGUGAGGGAGAGGCUCGCAGAGAGCAGGAAAAAGGAAGAAACAGAGAAUAGGGUGGCAGAAGGGAUUCAGGAAGGUAGUGGCAGCUGA